AUGUCUGGAGACCACAUCUCACCUGCCCCCGUGGCACAACACGCAGACCUUGAGAAGGACAUUGUUGAAAACCUCGAAAAUGUCGGCCCUCAUUCCCAAAUGCCACAGCUUCCUCAGAUGGAUCCUGCUCGACGAGCAACCGUCGAAAAGAAGCUGAAGCGAAAGCUCGAUGCCCGCUGUGGCCUCUUCGUCCUCAUUUACAUCAUGAACUACCUCGAUCGCAAUAACAUUGCUUCAGCACGACUCAAGGGACUCCAAAAGGAUCUCGAGCUCGACGACACUGAGUACGCCACAUGCUUGAGCAUCCUGUACGUGGGAUAUAUCUUGAUGCAGGUUCCAUCCAACAUGUUCAUCAAUCGUAUCCAACGGCCGUCUCUAUACAUCGCGUGCGCCAUGCUGCUUUGGGGCUUAAUCUCAACACUAUCCGGCAACGCCACAGGAUUCACUUCAAUGGUUGUUAUCCGAUUCUUCCUUGGUUUCGUCGAGGCUGCCUUCUUGCCCGGAGCGCUUUUGAUUCUAUCGAAAUGGUAUACCCGUCGCGAAUUGACCACUCGCAAUGCCAUUCUUUUCUGCGGCAACCUCAUCUCCAAUGCUUUCUCUGCCCUUGUCGGUGCUGGCGUCUUGUCCAACAUGCAGGGCGUCCUGGGCCAUCCCGCUUGGAGAUGGCUUUUUUGGAUCGAAGGCGCUAUCACCAUGGCCGUAGCCAUCUCUGCGGCUUUUAUCCUGCCGGACUUGCCCCAUAACGCGCGUGGUUUCACCGAGGAAGAGAGGACUGUCGCGCAGUUGCGCAUGAUUGAGGAUGUUGGUGAGGCGGAUACAGACUCUGCUGAGCAGGGUGCUUUCGGUGGACUUAUGAUGGCUUUGACUGAUUCAAAGAUCUAUGUCAUGAUGCUUACCUUUACUGCAUAUGUUGUUGGCUUGUCUUUCAACGCUUUCUUCCCUACUCUCACUGGCACUCUGGGCUUCGAAUAUGUGCCUACUUUGCUGAUGAGCUCGCCACCUUGGGCUUUCUCAUGCCUCAUCUCACUUAUUAAUGCUUGGCAUGCCGAUCGAACACAAGAAAAGUUCUGGCACAUUGUUGGCCCAAUCAUCAUGGGCAUCGUCGGUUUCGUCAUCAGCAUGUCUACUGUCAACGUCGCCGCUCGCUAUGUUGCUCUCUUCCUUCAGGCAGGCUCCUACGCUGGCUUUAUUGUCUUCUACUCGUGGAUUAGCUCCUCUUUCCCCCGACCGCCCGCCAAGCGCGCUGUGGCCAUUGCCAUCAUCAAUGCCUUCAGUCAGCUGGGCAACGUGGCUGGGUCAUACGUCUGGGACCUCAAGGAUAAUGGGUACCGAAAAAGCUACGGCAUCGUGUUAUCCAUGUUUGGUGUCACAAUUGCUGGGUGCUGGAUUAUCAGAAUGAUGCUCAAGAACCUCAACCAGAAGCUGGAGGAGAAGGAGACCUCGGAAACUAGCCAAGCCGCGGGUAACAAACCUGACGGCGGUGACGAGUAUGCUGAGGACGCGGAUGAGUCUCUUCGUAUGCGCAAGGGAUUCCGAUACUUGGUGUAA